UCUCUUCCUCUUUUGAAUGUUUAACAUUUCAAAUCAUAGCCGGUCUGAUCAUGGAGACUCGGAGGAAUAGGAGAGGAAUCCUGGAGCACUAUGUAAGAGGUCGCCAUCUGAACCUGGAUAAGCUGAAAAAAGCAGCCAGAGGCAGUGAUGUUGCUGACUACCUCUUCAAAGAAAACAUCCCAAAAUACCCCCACCCUGAGUUUCAUGUGCGUGGUCUGAAACAUGAAACAGACCAGGAUGGAUUAGAGGGAAUCAGGUGGAGCGAGGGUUUCACGAGCCUUGAUGAUCGUGGCAUCCUGUGGUGGAGUCUGGAUGUGAGUCCAGGGGAGAUGGUCUCAGCUGAGAGGAGACUCUUGGAGAACAUCUACCCAAACCCAAACCGGACCAGGGAGCAGGAACAGAUGCCGUCAAGGUUUCUGCGUAAGUUCGCCUCCUCCCCAGCCUUCCUGAGGGGCUCCAGACUGGGCUCGUAUCGCUUCACCUUCCCCCUGAAGGACGUGCUGGGAGCCUACCAGGAUCAGUUUUGCGGAGGAGCUGAGCCCGUCAUGCGGGUGAUGGAGACCGUCCUCUACAAACAGGAAGUGAUGUACGUCGUGUUGGUCCACAGCCCAGACAAUCAGAGGCUGUUUAAACGGUACCCGUUACUGAGAGACAACCCAGACGCAGUCUGCUGUUACAGAGACGACUACUUCCUGUGGAGGCCUGAGGCGAUGUGUAAGACGCACUGGAAUGAGUUGGUCUGCAGAGAUGAUCUACAGCAGGUGGACGCGAGACCCGUCACUCAGAUGCCAGAGUGGUAUGUCUGGGACCAUGUUGCCAUCGCCCUCCAUGUUGGUAAUCAGUUGCUGCACUUUGAUGUGGAUCAACUGAGAAAGAAUCUGAAGUAUUGUAAGAAAAUCAGACCCCCUGUCUGUAGAGACAUAUGUUUUGAUUACUACACCGUAGCAGAGGGGAUAGUGGGGAAAUUAUGGCCCCACCAUCCGUCUACUCUGAGGAGACCAGACUAAAAGAUACCGUUACAAACUCCAGUUCUGACGCGGUUGUGUAAAAUGAGAACAACACAGCAGACAAUGAGUUACAAAUCCUUUUCAACCUACACUCAGUUAUGCAGCACAAAAAGGAGAUCUUUAAUGUUACACUUUGGAAAUAUAUAAACAUUCUGAAUUUGUUGCAUGCGAUAUGUUCCAAAAAAGUUCAGACAGGGGCAAGAAAAGACUGGGGAAGGUUAUGGGACGCUCAAACGACACCUGGAACGUUCCACAGGUAAGUAGGCUAAUUAGUAACAGGUGAUAGAACCAUGAUUGGAUAUAAAAAGAGCCCUUCUGAAAGACUCAGUCUUUCUCAGUCAAUGAUGAGGCAGAGUAACCUUGCAAAGCAGAAGGAUACGCCCAUUUCCUUGUUUCUCACUGGUGAACCCAUCUUCAAAGCUCCCAUCUGAACCGUUUGGGUCCGGUUAGAAAGUGACAGGACCAAUCAGAGAUGAGGGGCAGUACUUUGAGGCGUGGUGGAGUCGUGAUGUAAAGAAGCAGCAACAAGAGGCCGGUGCAAAUAUGGCGGAAGAUCUUAGCGUGGACGCUGCUAAAGCGCCAGUUUUAUCAGGACUUGAUGACAUUUCUUAGUUAAAAGAAGAACAAAAAACAGCAGUGAACUGUUUUCUUUUCAAAAACCACAAAAGUCAAGUACUGACAUGUCU